AUGGGAAACACUCGGUUCAUUUUGGCUCUUAUAUUGGUGGUGGUGCUGCCUAAUUUCGAGGUUUCAUGCUCUAUGAAAUCAUCAAUCGACAUCAAAACAGAUCAGCUGGCUCUUCUUGCAAUAAAAGCCCACGUCCACAGUGAUCUGCUGACUACCAACUGGUCAACUGCUACCUCUAUUUGCAAUUGGGUUGGUGCUGCUUGCGGAUCUCGACACCACAGAGUCAUUGCUUUGGAUCUAUUUGGCGUGAAUCUCUCUGGCACCAUACCACCAGACAUGGGAAAUCUGUCUUUCGUUGCUUUCCUUGACAUUGGAAACAAUAGUUUUCAUGGUUCUCUGCCUAUCGAGUUGGCUAAUUUGCAUCGGUUGAAAUAUUUAAUUUUGUCUAACAAUAAUUUCAACGGGAGAAUCCCAUCCUGGUUUGGUUCCUUCUCUAUAACUUCAAAACUUGAGUUUGAAUGUAAUAACUUUGUGGGAGUUAUUCCAUCUUCUUUGUGCUUUUUGUCAAAACUAGAGAUCUUGAGCUCGGAUAAUAACAAUCUGCAAGGACAUAUUGUAGACACCGAUAUCAAAAAAUAA